AUGUCAGUGCUAUCCACCGAAGUUCACCACCCAUUUUGGAACGAACUGUCGCAACCCUUAUCCGGAAACAUCGAAGAGCUCGAAGAUCACUCACCAGGAGUGUUGGCCUACAAUUCGCUUUUCGAAAACUUGGAGGACCGCCACACACCUGAGUUUUACACUCAUUCAACCAAAAGAGACCCAGUGCUUCUAGAGUCGAGCUUGCAGGAAGAGCCACUCCUGAAAAAAUUCAAGACUCCCAUGUCCAGCAACUCCGAAUCCCACAAUUGGUCUAUCGACGACAUCCUGGCUGAGUGUACGCCAGAGAAGACGUCUCUGUGGACAGGCGCCAUAAGCGAAGAAGAACAUUUUCCCAAAGAGGUCAGCCACUCGUCUUUCGAUAGCCCUCCCAAUUACAGCAGACUGAAUUGUGAUUCGGAUGUCGUUAUUGACCGCGAAUUUGGCGCAGACAUGAGUCCAGAUUUGCAACCCCAAACGCUGGCAGAUGUAAAUGUGCUUGGCUCGCCAGUUGAUGCUGUAAGGCAUAUGAACAUCAAGGCCGAAUUCCAGGCUCAGAAACCAGUUGUGAAAUUGAACACAAAGAUAAUAACGCAUAGUGUCAGUGCACUUCAAUCCCCGAAGCGACUAUUUGCCAAAACCUCCACCAAGACCGUCUCCACCAACAAAAUCACCAAGACUGUCGCAAGCAAAUUCCGGGGCAAUAGAAGCUCCAAGUUCAACCAUGGCGCAAAAAGAGCGUCGCUUCAGCGAUUAAUUCUCGAUUUACAGUCCCGGGUCACGUAUCGAACAACGAGCGCAGAUGGGUUCCUCGUCCGCAAAAGCGUUGCCAAAGAGCUUAAAAUUGAGGACCAAUGUGUCGUUCCUGUGCUUGACUUUGUUGGAACUUUGUUCCCCCACGUCUGCCAAUAUCUUGGCGAACAAGCUGUCCAUUUUCAACCCUCUGGCCAGUUUAGAACAAUUUGGAACUACCACAGAGAGCAAAAUGGGUCCACUAUAAGUAUGUCACUGACUCCGUACAACGGAGAGUCCAGUUGCGAUGGGGAAAAUUAUCAGUUCUCGGUGAUAUCCCGAGUCUUGCCCCACGAUUGUUUCGGGAAGCCGCAGAGCUUAUCCAAGAAGAAGACCAACAAAGUUCAAGAUGAGCUGGAGCACGAAAAGCGGGCCGCUGGCGGCUCUAUGUUUCAAUGGCGUCAUUUCGUAACUAGCUUUGAGUAUUUCAAGCUCGUGUCUUUCAUGCUUGGGUCGAAUUACGACUACAGUCUCAACGACAAUCAGGUAGGCGAGACAAGAGGCAGUGACGGGAAAGUGAUAUCACCAGAAAAGAGACACGACAUGAGAACACGGUCACACGCCAAGAUUUAUUUCGAAGGUAAAGCGGUCAAAAGUGCUCACGAAUUGAUGAAUGGUGAGACUGCCAACAAACGCAAAUCUUUCAUCGUGGGAACUUUUGGACAAAUCAUGGGGUACACUCACAUGAAACCGUUUGGCUCUGAUUCUUCCCUUUCAGUCAUGGAAUUCAAGUAUCUAGAGGAAGCACUCUCGAAAGAGAUUAACUUCCACUUGUUCCACAGUGUUUAG